AUGCAUACCAUUCACGACUUCAAUAAGUAUGGGCUUGACUUCCUUGAGCUCAAAGCCUUGAGCGUUCCGUCAUCGCUGCGGUUCUUACUCGGCAUCGAGUAUGAUGUGGUGCUGUGCGUGAACGAGGUGGGCUCUCGCCGCCCCUUCCGCCUCCACUUUCCCGUCUUCGCGGCGACGUUCCGCAAGCUGCUGUCACUCUGUGCCACGCGUUUUGGACUAGACUGCGAGCAUGGCGAGACGGAGUCUAUCCUGACAGGCACCGCCGUCAUGCCGCUACUGCGGUACGCCGAUUAUUUGCCCGGGGCUCUUCAUGUUAAGGAAAUCCUGGAAUGCCUGCAAGUAGAGCCAGCUGUGAAGGCGAAGAAGUGGAUGGGUCCUGCCGCUUCUGCUGCUCUACCCUGUGCGUUUGCGGCGUACGACGCGGUUGUUGACAGCGCCGCCGCUGCCGGCGUGAGUAACGAGUUCGAGGCGAGCUUCAUUGACUAUUCCGAGUUUUUGUCCGACAGUUCGCUCGACGACGUGCACGGAUUGGGGUUUUACCUGCUGCUCGAUUACGGUCUGAGUCUCGCCACUCACAGCCAUCUUGUCGGCAUUAGCUUUCACAAGGACUGGGAUCCGACGGAGGCGCUACGUGAGUUCCAGGACUUCAGUGGUUGGCCGGAGUUCGACCUGCGCUACUACGACGAGCAACGGCCGCACGACGGCGGUGUUAUCAUUAUGCCUUCUUCCCAAGAUGCCUGCGACCUGCUGGAGAAGUACGAGGAUGAGGACUCGGACGACGAAGGCGAUUUGCUGCCAUUCAUUCUCCGUCCUGUCUCUCCGCUUGUUUCCGUGCCCUCGCUCGAGGAUGCGGCACUACGAAAGUUACGCGACCAGUACUGGGGCGAGGUGAAGAAGCACUGGGCCCACCUGCCGCACACUCUCAACACCGUCGUCGUGUACAACCUGUACGAAAGCGCGACUCUUGCAGAGGUGUUGUCCUUCUUCGAGCCGCUUCCCAUUGUCUCAUCGGCGUUUGUGGAGGACAAGGCACCAUCGCGCCGUCGACGCGCCUUCAUCACGUUUGCCGACCUCGAGGCGACGCGGAAGGCGCUAGAUGUGGACGGCAAGAACACCCGUGGGUGCACGCUGCGCGUGCAGGUGUCACCGCCCUACAUCUCACCUAGCCGCCGCGGCAACCCAGUAAAACUGGAACUCGACGACCAUGGCGCAGGUGACAGCUUCUCAAAGAUGGGGAGUGGCGGCGCUGCCGCAAGUCGGACAAGUCAUGGCACCUGCAUGAACGCUUCACCGACCUCUAGCCUUUCUCUCCCCACUAGCGAUAAUACCGCAACUGCGCUCCACGGGAAAGCCAAGCCCAUCGGCAACGGUAGUGGAGGCGCUUCUGCUGCAACGGCCUCCGUCGCUGCCGCCCACGUGGUUGCUGCGUCGAUUCCCACCGACAAAGCUGAGCCGAGUAAGACGCAGCCGAUCGCCGCUACCCUUACGCCCGCCUAUGGGGCGCCAACAGGGCCGGCGCUAUCUGCUGUUCAUGCCGUCGUCAAUGUCAGUCCCUUCAGUGGCUCUGUCGACCGAGCCGCCGCCGUGGCAGGGGCGAUUGCCGCGAGAGCUCAUGCCAUCGCAGCAGCUUCCGCAUCUCCGACCUCACCACCGAAAGCGAUGAGUGGUGGUGCUGCGGCUGCCGCGGCAGCAACUGAAAUGGACAAUCGGAUCGGUGUCUUGUCCUCGCCGGGUGGGUCGCACAUGAACGCCGCUGCUAAAGAGUUUGUCCCUCAUUUUCAGCUCAGUGCGAACUCACCCGAGUACCACCCCACACCGCCGCCAAAAAUAGAGGCUAUGUACGGUGAUUACGCUGGUCUGUCGGGCCUCCGUGAUGGUGUGGGGUUGCCACCACCGCCGCCGUCCUACGUGGAUGCACUCACCCCUGCUCCAGAGUACCGCCCCGCCCCGCGUUCCUCGCACCUUUCAUACAUCGGUGCCUCGCCGAGCUUGCCGGCCUACACACUUCCACCUCCAUACGUUCUGGGUGGGGGUGACACGAAUGACAUGCUGCCACCUCCACCACUGCCGCCGCCGUACUCGGACGAUUGA